CUUCCAAUGCGCUUCCAUCCGGUUUGAGGCCUUACAGUAUAUCGUUUCGAAUAGUGACGGAAGGAAGCCAAAUUGGUAGAACACGGUCAUACUGAGCAAUUAAAUACCUUAAUCAGAACCAGCCACGCUUAGGAUUCCUCAAAUCUGAAAAUAUGUUGAGUCCCAACCACGAAAGUGAAGAGAAGGAGGGCCAAGAUAGCACACAAGCCAUCAGAGAGAACGAUGGAGGCAACGAAGCUGCUCCUGCCACUGUAAAUCCUCAGCAAGUAGUAGUAUCCAAUACUUACACAACCAACGUCAAUCCAAACAAUCCUCUGCCCUUGGAUUGGACGAAGAUGGGAGAGGGUCACACAGCCGAAGAUUUGAUGCCUGCGAGAUGCCCCCAUGAUGUAGCGAUAUGGUCACCGGAGGACACGGACAUUUGCCUUGUGGGCACCGCAGGACAAAAGAUCACGCUAUUGGGUGACGACUUUUCCGACCCAGAGCGAACAAAUCUCUCGGAAUUGAUUUCCUUGGUGCUGCGAUCUCAUCUCAUAAAAGAUAUGUCGGGGAUUGGGUGCCUGCCAAAACUGGAAAAGCUCGAACUUUAUGAUAACAUGGUCCAAGCCCUUGACGAGGAGAGCUUGAAAGGAUGUGGCCCUUCUACUUUAAAGAUUUUAGAUAUGAGCUACAAUUCAAUCCGAAGCAUGACACCUGUGGAAUUUUGCAAUGGAGAAACACUGACGGAAUUGUACCUCGCCAACAACAAGCUAAAAGAAAUCAGUGGCAUCAAACACUUGAAGAGUUUGCGCAAGUUAGACUUGGGUGCAAACAAAAUUCGAGUUCUUAGUAAAGAUGAGCUAUCCGGAUUGGAUAGUUUAGAAGARYUAUGGGUUGGAAAGAACAAAAUCGUGACUCUUGAUGGAAUCCAGUCGUUGACAAAAUUACGACGCCUAGACGUCCAGUCGAAUCGAUUGACCUCCCUCUCCAACGAAGAUGGUAUUUGUUAUUUGAAUUCGCAACGAGAAAAUCUCGAAGAACUAUACCUGGGUCACAAUGGCCUUGACGAUGACGGUAUUUCGGGAUUAAUAUCUCUUACGGGUCGUGGUGGUAGCACCAUAAUGUUCCCGAAGUUGAAUGUUUUGGAUCUGAGCCGCAAUCGAUUGAAAACCACCGCUGCAUUGGUGGUCGACGCUAAGAACGAUAAUGUUUUUGCAGAAUGGCCGAUGCUAGAGGAAUUGUGGUUGUCGGGAAACGCAAUCGAAAACUUUGAAGCCGUUUACCCGUUGAAGGAAGCAUCCGAUCGCAAGCAUUUGCCACUAUUGGAAACCUUGUAUUUAGAGUACAAUCCCGUGGGGAAGGAGUUCGAAUAUCGCAAGAAAUUGGCUGAGUUCAUACCUUCGCUGGAUCAAAUUGACGCGACAAAGAUUCGAGGAUAUGGUAGUGUCCCUGUGCCGUUGGGCGCUGGUAUUGUAGGCACAACAGAAGAGCAACUUCGGCAAUUCCAAGCGGCGGCAUUUAAAAGGGCCGAACAACAACGACAAAACGCUUGAAUUCAUGAAUGAAGUACUGGCGACAUUAUUGCGAAUUUUUUAAAUAUUGGAUGUUGACGACUGAAUACGUCUUGUAUGGUCAGAUGCAUUUGAUAUGGAUCCGUUUGAAGGGUGCAACUAAAUUAAUUAUAUGAUU